AUGAAUUCCACCCCAGCAUUCACUCUCCCAUGCGCCCUUUGCCGCCUCCGUCUCACCUUUUUCCGCCCCACUGCCUCCUCCCGCAGCUCCCGCCGGUUGCGCGUGCGCCCAACACCGUGCCGCCUCCCGAUCAUUCAAGCAGCAGGAGGUCCCCCCCCGGGUUCCUCAGACCCCCCAGGCGGUCCCAUCAUCACAAAGGCACUGGAGGUCACCUUCCGCAACGUCUGGAUCCGCCUUAUGACUGCUGGCGUCGGCCCCGAGUACGAUGACGCUAUCCAAGCAUUCGUCAUCGCCUGCAUCGCUGCUUACAAAGCGGGUUAUUCCAUCACCGCUAUCAAGCUUGAGCUUGCCGCGAAUGAGACUCAGGCCAAGUAUAUGGGGCGCGACAUCUCUCUCAAUGAUCAGGAGAAAGAGACUAGACUCAUCUGGCUCGCCUUGGUCUAUCUCACCCUAGCAAAGUUCAACUUUGCGUCGGAUCGCACACCACCUCCUGUGUCUGCUGACCUCCAGGGUUCCAAGAUGGAUUCCCUCGUUCCGGGCUUGACUGGCCUUGUUGAGAGCGUUUGUGAUGCCGCUGCCAGGGGAUAUUCGUUGCAAACUUUCAAGAUGGAACUUGGUUUGAAAAAGGACACAGGCGAUAAGCCAUUGUCAGGUGCGGAGGCAAGCAUUCGUUCCCAGUGGUCGAGGAUCAUCUUCGCUACGUAUAAUCUUCUCCCAGAAAACCUGCGAGGCAAACCCAACCAACGCUAAUUGACAUUUUCCGCACUUGUAUGUGCAUUGAUGGAUGGACAUGUCAUUGCGGUACCACAACAAAGUUGUUUUCUCAUCGGUGUGAACUAGACAAAAAAAGACUACACACACUGCAGGCGUGCUUCUCAAAAGUCUGGACUUCUAUGGACACCGGAGCGGACUUCAGCUCGAGAUGCACCUUUUCCAUUUCUUAUGACGGAUACACGAUGACACUGCAAUUUGGGUAAGUGGACCAACCUGUCGACCUGAAAAGUAUGAGUAAACUAUUGUACCGUGGAA